AUGAAGAGCAAUAAUUAAUAAUAAGAAGAUCUAUAUGAAAUUUUUGCUAAAGUUAAAGGUGUGGAUGAAAGAAUAUUCAGAAUAAUUAUUGAAAUUUUUAAAAAGGAGAAUAUUUAGGACUGUAUAGGAUAUCUUUCAGAUAAUUUAAAUUCAAAACAUCUAGAAUAAUACAUCUAACAAGGAGAAAAUUUAGAAAAAGUUGAUUAGGAAUAGAAGUUGUAUGUGGUUAGAAAUAACAUUAAAAAAAUAAUUGAUGUCUUAAAAAAAAUGAAGGUUCAUGAUUUCAAUAAGAUAGACUAUUCCAGUGAACGAACUAAAGAAUCUAUACAAGAUCUCAUUAAAAAAAUAAAGGAUGAAAGAUAGAUCAUAGAAUUUUUGUAAUUUCUAAUUCUCCUCACAUCCAUAGAUGCCACCUUGAUAUAAUGUGGCUCAAAUUCAUUAAAUUUAAUAGUUUAGAUGAAAGUGGACAUUAGAAAAAAAAAUUUUGAAAAUAUAAAUAUCAAAAAUACUACUUUGGUGGGAGCGAAUUUAGUUAGGUGCAAUUUAAGCGGAUCCUAGCUUUAAAAUGUAGAUAUAAGUGGCAUUAAUUUAAAUGGAGCUAUAUUAUUAAAUUGUAAAUGGAAUAACAUAAGGAUACAUGAAUUAAAUAAAUUGAAAGGUCAUACUAGUAAAGUCAAUUCAGUAUGCUUCUCCCCUGAUGGAACUACACUAGCCUCUGGCAGCAGUGAUAAAUCUAUCCGUUUAUGGGAUGUUAAGAAGGGAUAAUAAAAAGCCUAAUUUUAUGGUCAUAGUGGUUAUGUCAAAUCAAUAUGCUUCUCUUCUGAUGGUAAUACAUUAGCAUCCUGUAGUGAUGAAAUGUCAAUAUAUUUAUGGGAUAUUAAAACAAGAAAAAAAAAAUCUAAAUUUGAAGGACAUUCUGAAAUUGUAAGUUCAAUAUGUUUCUCUCCUGAUGGUAAAACAUUAGCCUCUAGUAGUGCCGAUAAGUCAAUCCGUAUCUGGGAUGUUAUAACAGGAUAAUAAAAGGCCAAAUUAGAUAGUCAUUGUUAUUUGGUCGAAUCACUAUGCUUCUCUCCUGAUGGUACUACACUAGCCUCUGGCAGCAGUGAUGAUUCUAUCCGUUUUUGGGAUGUAAAGACGGGAUAGUAAAAAGCCAAGUUAGAUGAAGAUAGUUAUUAAGUUAAUUCAAUAUCUUUCUCUCCUGAUGGUACUAUAUUAGCAUCUGACAGCUACGAUAAAUCUAUCCGUUUAUGGGAUGUAAAGACAGGAUAAUUAAAAGCCAAAUUAGAUGGUCAUUAAUAUACAGUCUAAUCAGUUUGCUUUUCUCCUGAUGGUACAACAAUAGCAUCUGGUAGUUGGGAUAAGUCUGUACGUUUAUGGGAUGUAAAGACGGGAUAAUAAAAAGCCAAAUUUGAUUUUUUUUGUGAUUUUGUCUGGUCAGUAUGUUUCUCUCCUGAUGGUUCUACUUUAGCAUCUAGUAGUGCAGAUAAUUCUAUUAGUUUAUGGGAUGUUUAGAUAGGAUAAUAGAAAGCCAACUUAUAAGGACAUGAUAAUUGGGUCAGAUCAGUAUGUUUCUCUCCUGAUGGUAACACAUUAGCAUCUAGUAGUGCAGAUAAGUCUAUCCGUUUAUGGGAUAUUUAGACAGGAUUAUAAAAAACUUAAUUUGAUGGUCAUAGUGACUGUGUAUAAUCAAUUUGUUUCUCUCCAGAUGGUACUACAUUAGCAUCUAGUAGUGCAGAUAAGUCUAUCCGUUUAUGGGAUGUUUAGACAGGAUUAUAAAAAACUUAAUUUGAUGGUCAUAGUGACUGUGUAUUAUCAGUUUGUUUCUCUCCAGAUGGUAAUACUUUAGCAUCUGGGAGUUAAGAUAUGUCUAUCCAAUUAUGGGACAUUAGGACAGGAUAAUAAAAAGCCAAGUUAGAUGGUCAUUAUAAUUUUGUUCGAUCAGUACGCUUCUCUCCUGAUGGAAAUAUAUUAGCCUCGGCUAGUGAUGACUUCUCUAUUAAUAUAUGGGAUCUAAACAUAGGAUAACAAAAAUUCAAAUUGAAUGGUCAUAGACAUUCUGUCUUAUCGGUGUGCUUUUCUCCUGAUGGUACUACAUUAGCAUCUGGUAGCGGAGAUAAAUCUAUCCUUUUAUGGGAUCUAAACACAGGAUAACAAAAAUUCAAAUUGAAUGGCCAUAAAAAUUCUGUCUUAUCGGUGUGCUUUUCUCCUGAUGGUACUAUAUUAGCAUCUGGUAGUGGAGAUAAUUCUAUCCGUUUAUGGGAUUUUAAGUCAGGGUAAUAAAAAGCCGUAUUAGAGGGUCAUAUCUAUUCUGUCUAAUCAGUAUGCUUUUCUCCUGAUGGUACUACAUUAGCAUCUGGUAGUGGAGAUAAUUCUAUACGCUUAUGGGAUGUUAAACAAAACGAAACACCACUUCAACCCUCCGAAACCAGUUAUAUCAAUAUUUUAUCAUAAUUACAAACACCAAGUUAGUCUAAUAAUCUUCUUCCAAGUAUUUUUUAGUAUUAUUUAGUUACUAAUAAUAUUACUAUUUUACUCAUAUCCAAAUCUCUUCUACUAUAAGCAUAAGGGGCUCUUGUUGGUUAGGGAGAAUUUGUCAAUUAUUAUAGCAUAGAUUUACGACCAUUAUUGAAAUCUAAAGGUAGUAAUAUUUUGGAAAUUUAAAUAGAAUGA